UAAUAAUAACAAUAAUCGCGAUUCACACCCCUCACAAACUAAUAGCAAUCCUGUUGAUAACCCAACAACUUCAGCUGCCGCUGCUGCAAGUUCACGUCAAGCGUAUUCAACGCAACUACAGUCCACAACACAUAACUCUGUUAUCCUUGGAACAGCUUUAGUUGAUGUUUGUGUAGGAGAUGUGCGUUGUACAGUAAGAGCUCUUAUCGAUUCAGCCUCCGAAGCCACUUUUAUUUCUAAAAAAUUACAAUCUUCUCUGUCAAUCCCCACAAAAACUUCUCAUACUACUAUAACCGGUCUUAGCGGUUCUUUAUCUGCCACUGCAACUCGAAUUUGCACUAUCACUAUAAGUUCACCUUUAGAAAAACUCUUUAAAACGACAACUGAUGCAUUCGUUGUCAAUAAACUAACAGGAGACUUACCCUAUUACGAACUCUCUACAAUUAUGAGUACCAAGUUUUCUGAUUUACCCUUAGCUGAUAGCUACUCUUCUAAAACAUCGAAUGUUGAAAUUUUGAUUGGUUGUGAUGUUUACCCUAAAAUUCUUAGAGAUGGAAUCCGUUGGGAUUAUAAUAGAUCCCUCGUGGCUCAGCGUACCAUUUUCGGAUGGAUAAUCUCAGGAAAGUUAAACUCUCCUGCUCCUCUUUUAAACUCUGUCUCAUCAUAUAUGAAUCAUAUCGACUUAAACUCACAACUCACUAAAUUCUGGGAACUCGAAGAAGUUUAUGAAAAACCAGCCCAAUCUAAUGAAGAUCUCUUCUGCGAGAACUUAUACAAAAAUACAACGUUUAGAGACGAAAAUGGUCGUUUCGUGGUUUCCCUGCCCUUUAAAUCUGAAUAUUCCAAUAAUAUUCCCCUUGGCAACUCUCGCAACUCAGCUUUAUCCCAAUUUCUCAGAAAUGAGAGCAGACUCACGAAGAACCCUAAAUUAAAACAUGAUUAUGAUAAAGUAAUCGAAGAAUAUGCUAUAUUGCACCAUAUGAUUCCCGUAAAACCCGAUUUAUCUGCUCCUUUUAACUCCUCAUACUAUUUACCCCAUCAUUCUGUGCUCAAACCCGAAUCUACAACUACUAAACUUCGUGUUGUAUUCAAUGCCUCUAACCCUACUUCGUCAGGAUUAAGUCUAAAUGACGUUUUAUACCCCGGACCAGUUUUACAACAAGAUUUAACUGUCCUUAUAACCCGUUGGCGAUUAUUCAAAUACGUUUUUAAUGCCGACAUCGAAAAGAUGUACAGGCAAAUACUAAUUAACCCACAACACGCCCCAUAUCAAAGGAUUUUAUUCCGCAGUUCUUCUGAAAAAGAACCCCAAGAUUUUGAGCUACAGACUGUAACAUUUGGAGUAAACUGUGCUCCAUAUUUAGCCCUGAGAACUCUUCUCGAACUUGCUGAAUCCUGUAAUGACGAUUACCCCGAAAUCUCUAUCAUACUCAAAGAGAAUAUGUAUGUCGAUGACGUACUAGCAGGAUCCCAUGACCUUUCUUUAGCCUUAAAAUCAAGAGAUAAUCUAAUCAAAAUUUUGAACUCUGCUGGUUUUCCCCUCCGUAAAUGGAUCUCAAAUGAAAAAUCUCUACUACAAGGCUUAGAACCCGAACAUUUACUUAUGUCUGAUACCCUAGCGCUCGAAGAUACAAUAACAACUAAAACAUUAGGACUCCGCUGGAAUGCGAGUCAAGAUUAUUUCUAUUUUAACCCCGUAAAUCAGCCUAUUCGAAAUAAUAUCACCAAACGAACUGUUUUGUCAGAUAUUGCAAGGUUGUUUGACCCCGCAGGUUGGCUUGCCCCAAAGAUCAUAAUCGCAAAAAUGAUAAUGCAACAGAUCUGGAAAGAUCAAAUCGAUUGGGAUGAAACCCUCAAGCCAGGCACUUUACGAAGUUGGCUUUCGUUUUUAGACGAUUACCUGAACAUUAGAAUGAUAAAAAUACCCCGAUUUGUGAAUUAUAACCCCUCAUACAAUAUAGAACUUCACGGUUUUUGUGAUGCUUCUGAAAAAGCAUAUGCUGCUACCCUAUAUCUUCGGACUACAAGUGAAAAUGGUCAAGUAUCUACUCAUUUACUCCUUGCCAAAACUAAAGUUGCCCCAGUAAAAUUCGUUACUCUUCCCAGAAAGGAACUAUGUGGUGCUGAAUUGUUAGCCAAAUUGAUUUCAACAUUUCUGUCUCAAAUUAAUCUUGAUAAAUGUGAUCUACAUCUCUGGACAGAUUCAACUAUUGUAUUAUCAUGGCUUCAAAAACACCCUUCACAUUGGACUACAUUUGUCGCCAAUAGAAUCACGUCUAUAAUAGAUAAAGUUGGAAAUGACAAAUGGCGUCAUGUUUCCUCUAAAGAUAAUCCAGCCGAUUUAGGAUCUCGAGGACUCACUGCGAAAGAUUUGAUAGGUAACGAUCUAUGGUGGCAUGGGCCAACGUGGCUUAAACUCCCCAGUUCCGAAUGGCCAUCGGUUAUACCUGUUAUAGAUACUCACGAAGAAAUUAGACCCGUCAAAACUCAUCUAAAUCAGAAUUCUGAAGAUAUAUUAACCCGGUUUUCUGAUCUCUCUCGGGCAAUGCGUGUAAUUGCUUAUAUAUAUCGAUUUUAUCAUUCUACUCACCCACGUUAUAAAACCACAUAUAAUUAUCCCUCUCGCACUAUUCAACAGACAGAAAUAAGAUUUGUUAAACUUCGCUUAGUGGUUUCUUGUCAAAAGUUUUACUUUCCCGAAUAUACACUGCUUUCUAAUAGACAAAAGAUUCCCAAGAAAAGCCCCUUAUUAACAUUUAACCCGUUUAUUGAUUCGAAUAAUAUAAUGAGAAUCAAUGGUAGACUUUCUCGAAGUGAAAUGCUAUCUUAUGAUGAACGAUUCCCUAAGAUUCUUCCCUACUCAGGCCGUUUUACCCGGUUAUAUUUAGAACUUUUACAUAAACUUACGAUACAUGGAGAAAAUUCUCUUCUAAUGCGUCUAGUACGUUUAGAGUUUUGGGUACCAAAAUUGAGAAAUCUGGUAAAAACUGUCAUAUUCAACUGCAAGACUUGUGUUUUAUUUAAAAAACGGCAAAGUCAACAGAUUAUGGCUUCACUUCCCCCUGAAAGAACAUAUCUUUCACGCCCUUUUUUCAAUACCGGUUUAGAUUUCGCUGGCCCAUAUAAUAUAAAGUCAUUUUCUGGCCGCGGAUGUAAAGUAUCUAAAGGUUAUGUAUUAGUGUUUGUAUGCUUUGCUACGAAAGCAAUUCAUUUGGAAGCCACCAGUGAACUCUCAACCCAAGCCUUUUUAGCGGCAUUCUCCCGUUUUUUCUCUCGCCGAGGCACUCCACAAGUUCUAUACUCUGAUAAUGGCACUGCAUUUGUAGGCGCAGCUAAUAUAUUUAAUAAAACCCAACAGAACCUCUUAUCCCAAGUACGAUCUAAUAUCAUAUCUCAAAACGCGUUUCAAAACAUUGAGUGGCGUUUUAACCCUCCUGGAGCUCCUCAUAUGGGAGGACUCUGGGAGGCAGGUGUGAAAAGUUUUAAGUCACAUCUCAAGAAAAUUACCCAUGUACAAUCCUUUACUUUUGAAGAAUUCACUACUAUGCUUACUAGAAUCGAAGCUUGUCUUAACUCAAGGCCAUUAAGUCCAAUGAGUGACAACCCCACUGAAAUAAGCGCUUUGACACCCGGCCAUUUUCUAAUUGGCGCCCCUCUGCUUUCACCCCCGGAACCAGACUUUUCUUGUCGACCACUUAGUUAUGCCAACAGAUGGCAAAAAUUGAAUAUAUUACACCAUCAUUUUGCUUGCAGAUGGAAAGAAGAGUAUCUGAAAGAAUUGCAUAAACGAAUCAAAUGGAAAUAUCCCCAAAGAAACUUUGUUGUCGGUGAUCUCGUUGCAAUCAAGAAAGAUCAUCUUCCCCCAAAUGAAUGGAAACUUGGUCGUAUACAAAGGGUUUCCCCCGGUCAAGACAAGAAAGUUAGAGUAGCAGAAAUUAUUACCUCAACUGGUCCUAUAACUAGCAUUAUGCCUAACAGACGCCAACAAAGAAAUUUAUCUCCAGUAACAGAAAGACGAAGGUAUCCAAGACAUCAACCUGAUUGCCGUUUUUGCAAAAGAGAUCAUCCCUUGC